AAGCUUAGCUGUUCUUUCUCUACUUUGUCCUUUCUACCAAACACCAGGCACUCAAAUCAAAUCUUCUGCAUUGCCUUCCUCUCACCUUCCAUAUGUCCCUUUACCCAUCUCCCUUUGCUCCAUUUUUCUAUUUCUUUUUCACAGCUAAUUGUGUACUGAACCAAGUCAAUUUUUCUCCGCUAUAAAUGCCCCUAAACCCUCUCUUUCUUUCUCAAUCUGUCAUUUUCUGGGAAAAAUCAAUUUCAAUCCAGAAACCCAAUUCCUCCUCCUCUCUGUUUUUGAUCAAAUUAAUUGAUGGCUUCAUCAUCAUCGCUAUCAAUUUCUCCUAGAAAGCUCAGAUCAGAUCUGUACUCCUACACAUACCAAAACGACAAAAACAGAGCAAAAGCGAGUACUACUCCAUUAGUGAUCUCUGUUUUGGCGUCUCUGAUUCAGAGGACCAUGACCAGGAAUGAAAGGGUUGCCAAGAACUGUUCGUGGGCAUUGUCCAAAUGCGCCAAGGAUCGGGUUUUCGAUUGCCAUGAGACCCCUGACAUGACUAUCCAAUCGUAUCUCGAGAGAAUAUUCCGGUAUACCAAAGCCGGACCGCCGGUUUAUGUUGUUGCUUAUGUUUAUAUCGAUCGGUUCUGCCAGGCCAAUCCCGGAUUCCGCAUCACAGCAAGAAAUGUGCACCGGCUGUUGAUUACAACGAUCAUGGUUGCUUCCAAAUACGUCGAAGACAUGAAUUAUAGGAAUUCAUAUUAUGCGCUAGUUGGGGGAUUGAGUACGAACGAGUUGAACAAUUUGGAGCUGGAGUUUCUGUUCUUGAUGGGUUUCAAGUUACAUGUGAAUGUGAGUGUUUUCGAGAGUUAUUGUUGUCAUUUAGAGAGAGAAGUGAGUGCUGGUGGAGGUUAUCACAUAGAGAAGACCCUGCGAUGUGCAGAGGAAAUCAAGUCAAGGCAGAGUGAAGAAAGAAGAUACAAUCACUUGGCUCGUAUUACGUUGUGAUUGAAAUGAACGGCUGUGAUUAGAGGAUAUGAAAUAUAUAUAUACAGUCCUGUGUACGGAUUGUUGGAUGAUUUGAGCAUAUUAGAUGCUUUAAUUUCUUGGGAGUUUAGGGCUUCACCUAAAGGCUAUACAGGGUGAAAUGUACAAAUAUGUUUUGAUUUUGUUUUCUUUUUUUUUUGGGAGAACAAAGGUACUAUGAAUUUGCUAUCUUUUACUGUUUUAUAGAAUUGUAAAUUUUGCCAAAACAGUGUAGUUUUUUGAGUAAUGACAAAAUGGUUUUGAAUUUUAUGCUCAA